GUUUGAACCAGAUGAUCAAUGAUAAGUGUUUAACUGUGUAAACUGGCACUUUCCGGUAACUCGGAUGAAAUAUGUAGGACUCACAUUUGUCCCAGAAAUUGACUUGUCAAGUGAGCACACGGUGGCGUUCGAACUUUUGUCAUGUUAAGCCACAGGGAGCCGUCAACACGACAUGUGCUUGUUACAAAAUGUUUGCGCGCGGCCAUAUUUUUGACAAAUGAACGACGACAGCGACAGCGAAAUUACAGCGUUUUCAUAUGGACCGAUGUUUGUGCGUUUGGCAGACAAUCCAAGUGAUGUCAUGACAUUCCAACUGCAGUCAUAUAGUGCAACCACAACAGAAAAAGAAUGUCUGAGCUGACAUACGACCAAUUCUGAUGGCAGCAUUUCGAAUAAGAGAACUUGACAAAAUGUCAACGUGAACAGACACUCGAAUGAUGGGUCAUCAAAUAAGAGAGCUUUGUGACACAGAGUUACACGAGGCAGUGCGGUUUGCUGAUUUUGCUGACGUCAGAGAUGCCCUUUUAAACAAGAAUGAUCCUAACCAGAUUGGGCUGUACCAGUGGGCGCCCAUGCAUGAGGCUGCACAUAACGGAGAGCUGGAAAUCCUACAGCUCCUGCUAAAACAUGGAGGAAACCCAAAUGUACAGGACAAGCUUAAUGGGAGAACACCACUGCACUAUGCUGCAGAGGAAGGACACUUUGACUGUCUUUCUCUUCUGUUAGAACAUGGCAGUGACUGUUUGAUUGAAGAUACACAUGGGCACACAGCCUUUGACAUCACUGAUCAACAAUGUCAACGCAUUCUGAAGAUGAAAGGUGAAAGCAUAUCUCACUGUGGAGGUGGAGCCAUCACUGAUGAAGCUGCCCAGGGCACCAGGUGUGUGGAUGAUGGAUCAUACCUGGAUGUGGACAGGUGUAGCAUAGCAAGCUCCUGCAGCACUCAGGGAUCCCCGGCCACACCUGACCCCUCUCACACACCAGAUCUUGGACAGAUAGAACUGUCCUUUGAGUAUGAUUCUCGGAAGAGCUCUCUGCGGGUCCGUGUGUGGCAAAUCAGUGACAUUAUCCUUCCACCAGCCCAUACAUCAAUGAUCAGCUGUAUUUAUGUAAAGAGCUACCUCAAACCAGAUGGGGCACAUGAGUCCAAGAGAAAAACAGAGGAAGUGAAAGUCUUGAACUCUACUGACUACUCGACCACUUCAGAUAAUACACACACCACAUUUUUGCCAGUGACUUUCAGAUUCUCAAAGUCUCUGGACUAUAGCAGUGUUACAAAAGACAUUGUCAGAGACAAAACUGUGCAGUUAGAGGUUUGUGUGAUGCAAAAGUACACCAGGAAAAGCUUUUUAAUUUCUAUGUACCGCUUGCCAUGCAAAGUUGCAGUUAGGCAGCUUGUGCGGAAAAAAUACAAGUUGAUCCCUUGCAGCAAUCCUACAAUCCCCGACAACAUGAAAGUUUACAGCGCUAGUCAGUUUCCUCACUCGAGCAGAAAUGCAGAAAUGAGGUGUCUGUCUUCUGUCAGUCUAAAUUCUGAAAGUUCUGGUUACCCAGAAAGUAACACUGUAUUGGAAGGUGUCACUGUUCAAAGGGCAGAUAACCUAAAAAUACCAAAUAUUGUCAUCAGCAUGCCUGCAGAAGAGAAUGAAACUUUGUUUGAUGUUACAUCUCUUGACAGUGGGUUAGCAGACAUUCAUGGAUCACAGUAUACUUCUAUAUCUAUGGAAAAUCAUGAUUCUUCCACGCCAGCAGAAAUAACUGUUGAUACAGCAGCCAAGAGUGUAUCAAGUUGUUAUGUUGGCAACACAUGGGUGCGAUCCGAAAAAUCCGAUGACUCCGAUAGCCUGCCUUUGGUAAGCUCGAAAGGCCGCAACAGAUCAGGUUUUUACCCAGUUGCAAAAAUGUGUUCAAAAUAUGAAGGCAGUUCAAAAAGCCCACGUAUUCAUUUGACCAAGGUUAACAAGGUGUUAGAAGAGCAUGUCCCACAAACAGAUCUGCCUGAAAGUAGACCUGACACACCCACAUGGGAUGAGUAUGAUCUGGACAGUGAUAACGUUAGACUUAGUGUGCAGAGUGUUGACACGUUUACUGACAGUGAUUCCUUGUCAGGGUCAUUACUGCCAUUGCCUACAAGACUAGACAUUCCAUGUAAGGAGAGGAGCUUUAGCGUCAACAUAGACCAGACAGCAGAUGACAUGGACAGUGCUGUAACCAGUGAUGUUCCAUCAUAUGCUGAUAACCAGAGAACUAAACAUUCAGCUAUCUCCCUAUUGGGAAAGGGUCAAGAUAAGGGUAAGAGACUAGUUAGCAAGUGUGGGAAGUCCACUAAAAAGAAGUCAUCAUGUGAGAGACCACCAAGUAGACCUAUCUUGCAGUCAUUCUCAGUGGAUGAAAAAAUGAGAUCAAGGGAGUUAAAUCAUAUGAAAAUCAAAUCUGUUUCAUGCAGGUUUAAUUUGACAGAGGACAGAAAUAAGGUCUUAAGCACAUCAUGUGAAAACACAAUCCUGGACAUUGAGACUGAUGAUAACAUCCAGGACCUGCCACAGAGUGUCCGAAAUUUCACCAUUCCUAUGCAAGUGUUAAUUAUUGAAGACAUUGACUGACAUUAGUAUACUGGAGUUAAACCCCCUUAAACUCAUACAUGUGCAUAUGUUCCAUUAUGGGAGAAUGUAUUUAGUAAUGUAAUUAUGUAUUUAGACACAUUUUUUAUGGGAAAAAAAUAUGUAUGUUUCAUUUUAUUAAUAUGCAGAUACCUCGAUUUAGAGCUCUUAUUUUGCAGGUGUUAUUAUUUUUUCUGAGAUUUUUAGUCGAUCAAAUAAAUAAAAGUGAAGGAACAUGUUUUUUGAAUUUUUAAUCCUGUGAGGUAGUGGUAGGAUAAAGCCAAGGUUAUGUCAAAAAUUGAUUGCAACUUUACAUCUACAGUGUUACAAUUUUAUUGUUUCUAAUGUAACAUUGAUCUUUUUUUAAUGUUACAUCAUAAUUAUGAAUAGAGACACCGGAAUGUUUGACAUCAAUAGAAUGGUGCCAGAGUCCGGUUUCCAGGCAUUUGUCCAGUCUCCAUUAAAUACUGUGAUUGAAAAGUGAUAUAUUAGAGUUAUUUGUAUAAAUUUGCACCAUGUUUUUACAACUUAUCUUAUAUUUUGAAGUGUGCAAACUUGAUGUAUGUUCUUCAAAGGAGUGUCUUCAAGGAGUACAUUUGGAUUACAUUUUGCACUAGUAAUGUUUGAAAGAGGUUUUCAGAUUUAUGAGACUUCUGCAAUAUUGUCAGAUUUUUACCUCAGAUGAAUUUACAUUAUGUAUAAGAGAAGAAAUAUUAAAAAAAAUUUAAUGUACCAAACUUCAUUCUCUGGAUCCUGUCAAGUCAGUGUUUUGACAAUCUGUAAAUCAGCUUUAUUGAAAUAAAUGCAUGGUGUCUUCCAAGUCUGAAUGAAAUAUGUGG